GUGGCUUGCUCGUGCCUCUCCGCUCGCUGUUAUCUGUGCCACCCCCCACUUUGCGCGCGACCCCGCCACGGCAAGACAAGCUUGCGAAAUCAAGGCUUACUUCUUGCGCGUCCCACGCUACGUCACAUGCUACACUCCUCUCCCUUCCGCUCUUUACCGCUGCCUCUCUACUACUUUCUCCCUCUUCCUCUACACUUCACUCACCUCACUCACCUCCUCUUUAAUCACUCGAACACCACCACACCAACUCCCCCACAUCAACUCCGGAAACAUGUCUGAUUACGACCAACAGGGCGACGACCAGCAGUCGGGCGGCAACUACGGUGGAGGCAACAGCGGCGGCGGCAGCGACUCUUACCAGCAGCAGCAGUCAUCUGGCGGAGACGGCGGCAGCGGCGGCAACUACGGCUCCGACUCUGGCAACACUGGCGGCGGCUACGGUAACGACUCCAGCAAUACCGGCGGCGGAAACUACGGUUCUGGCUACGGCAACACAGGCGGUGACAACUCCGAAAACGACUCCGGCAACACUGGCGGCGGGUACGGCGACAACUCCGGCGACAAUUCCGGCAACACCGGCGGAGGUGAUGGUGGAGACGGCGGAGACAACAACGCCGGCGGAGACGACGGUGGCGAGGGUGGCCAGCAGAGCAAGAAGGGCGGCGGGCGCGCGGACGAGAACCCAGAGUCCAUCCCUACUGCCGGCGGCGAGCGCCUAGGCGAGAAGCACUGGGGCGAGAGCAAGAUUGUGCCCGAGGACCCCAAGGCCGCGCGCCAGGACGACCCGAAUGUGUCGAGCAGUGAUGGCCAGCCUGACCAACAAACAGCCGACAACACCAACCGCAACACCGGCGACUCGGGUGAUGGCUCGGGCGACGGCGACGGCGGGAAGAGGAGUUUCAUGGACAAGAUCAAGGACAAGCUUCCCGGCAGCCACGGAUCUGGUGACAACUCGUCGGGCGGCAAUGACAAUGACAACCAAUACUAGGCAGCCCGACGAAGGAGGAUGAGUGAGUGAGGAUCGUCUUGGAUGAGUGGGAUUGAGCUUGCGACAUCCCCUUCCCCUCCGCGGAUGCAUGUGGAGGUGGGACAUUUUGCUGUUUGUACCCUUUGCCCUUUACCUCAUGGUCUCAAUCACGGAGUGUCUUAUUUCUGAAGUCUCCCAGUAUCUUCACGUGCUACCUCAGGUUUGUGCAGCACGAGAUCACGGUCUGUGCC